GGAAGAAGAUUUUUUUUUUUUUUUUUUUUGGAUGGUCGCAAUGGAAGGGUUGGGUCUGUGCCUGAGAAGCAGCAGCCGAACGCCAGCGCUGGGAGAACGCGGCGCGGACGCGGGGUCCCCGGCCAGCUAACUCCGCAGGACCCGCACCCCGGCGCCGGGGGGGCUGGAUGCAGUGAGAGAGCCUCUCACGGGACACUUGUGGUGACGUGGCUGCCAAGACGUGAAAGUGUGGGACUUCUCUUCCACCGCACCAGAAUUUGGGGGGUGGGCAGGGGUGGGCCAGGGGGACGCCGGGAGUCACAAGAUCCUUUGCCGUCACUGUGGGCUUGGCUCAGGGAUGACCGCAGGCAGGGUCAACCCUUACAGCAUAGUGUCCUCGGAGGAAGACGGACUGAGGUUGACCACCAUGCCAGGGAUUAACGGCUUUGGCAAUGGGAAAAUCCACACCAGGAGGAAAUGCAGGAACAGGUUUGUAAAGAAGAAUGGUCAGUGCAACGUGGAGUUCACCAACAUGGAUGACAAGCCACAGAGGUACAUUGCAGACAUGUUCACCACGUGUGUCGACAUCCGUUGGAGGUAUAUGCUCUUGCUCUUCUCCCUGGCAUUUCUGGUAUCCUGGUUGUUGUUUGGGCUGAUUUUCUGGCUAAUUGCACUCAUUCAUGGAGAUCUAGAAAACCCAGGUGGAGACGAUACCUUCAAGCCUUGCGUUCUGCAGGUCAAUGGCUUUGUGGCUGCUUUUCUGUUCUCCAUCGAGACCCAAACGACUAUUGGUUAUGGCUUCCGCUGUGUGACAGAGGAGUGCCCGCUCGCAGUCUUCAUGGUGGUGGUUCAGUCCAUUGUGGGGUGUAUAAUCGACUCUUUCAUGAUUGGUGCAAUAAUGGCAAAGAUGGCCAGGCCCAAAAAAAGGGCCCAGACGUUACUUUUCAGCCAUAAUGCGGUAGUGGCAAUGAGAGAUGGCAAACUCUGCCUGAUGUGGAGAGUUGGGAACCUCCGGAAAAGCCACAUAGUAGAAGCCCACGUACGAGCUCAAUUAAUAAAGCCCAGAAUCACAGAAGAAGGGGAGUACAUCCCACUCGACCAAAUAGACAUCGACGUGGGGUUUGAUAAAGGCUUGGACCGUAUCUUCUUGGUGUCCCCCAUUACCAUUCUCCAUGAGAUCAACGAAGACAGCCCGCUAUUCGGGAUCAGCCGCCAGGACUUGGAGACGGAUGACUUUGAGAUUGUGGUCAUCCUCGAGGGCAUGGUAGAAGCCACUGCAAUGACGACACAAGCUCGGAGCUCCUACCUGGCCAGCGAGAUCCUGUGGGGCCACCGCUUUGAGCCUGUCUUGUUCGAGGAGAAAAACCAAUACAAAGUAGACUAUUCCCACUUCCACAAAACAUACGAGGUCCCGUCCACACCUCGCUGCAGCGCCAAGGACCUGGUGGAGAACAAAUUCCUGCUGCCCAGCACCAACUCCUUCUGCUAUGAGAACGAGCUGGCCUUCAUGAGCCGCGACGAGGAUGAGGAGGAUGAUGACAGCAGGGGUUUGGACGACCUGAGCCCGGACAACAGGCACGAGUUCGACCGGCUUCAGGCGACGAUAGCGUUGGAUCAGCGGUCAUACCGGAGGGAGUCAGAAAUAUGACUCUUGGUCCUCUCACUGACUUUUCCGAGGGUAUUUUUUUUCCUCCUCUAAUCUCUUCCCCUACAACCCGCUCAAAUUAUGCAGAACAAUGCAAGUGCCAUAGGAAUGCUUGAGAAAUUAGUCUUGUUCCUAGUUUUCAGUUUCAUUGCAAUAACCACUGAGCGGUCUGCAGGAGGGGACGGGGCAGGCACAGUGCUCCCCGCACCCCGGGGGGACGGGGGGGGGUCCUGGGGCACGUGUGUCCCAUACUGGCUGCAGGGCUGGGCUCUCCCCAUGGGGAAAGCGCGAGCAUCUUCUUGGAGCCAAGAUACAAAUAGAGGAAAUAUCAGGAAACAAACCUUUUUCUUUCUUUUUUUCCUUUCCUUUUCUUUUCUUUCUUUCUUUCUUUCUUUUUUUUUUUUUUUUGAACUGAGCUGCAACAAAACAAAAAUUGCUCCUUCCAGCAGGCAGUAUGAUUCAGUUGCACAAGAACAACACUUGAAAUACCAUGCAACGUUAACGUACUUCUUUUUAAUUCGGGGAAAGGUGGGGGGAGGGAGGCGAGAGGGUUUUUAAUUUUUUCAACGUAACCUUUGGGAGACUGUUUACCAAAAUAAUAAUAACAAUAAUAUUAAUAUUAGUAAUAAUAAUAAUAUUAAACCUGAAAGAAAUGAUUUGGUAUUUUUUAAAAGUGAGCAAGGGAAUGAAUAAGCCACUGGGGUCUCUUGAGUGGUGACUUGCUGGGUAGAUGCAGGAGCUCAAAGCCAAGGCAGCAUCUGAUUCUGGGGUGGAUUUUUUUUCCACUGGCACUGCUUCAUAGGCAGAAAACAGAUGCAAGUGGCUGCAGGUCCGUGGCAGUGAAAGCGAGUAGCGUAAUUACCAGCAAAGUAGCUAAUAAGGAAAAGCCAGACUGCUGUAGAGAGAACCCUUGUAAACACAAUAAUUAGCCACAUUCUGGAAAUAUUGAUCUUCAGGGUGGAAAUUGGGCCUGGGGCGUCAGCUGCUGAAGUGCUGAGUCUCCAGUGGGGAAUUCAUAACUUCCACCAGAACUAGGAUGAAAAAAUGAAAAGCACAAAAGGCAGAGUGGAAAGCUCUCAGAUUUGGGUAUUUUCCCAUUCCACCAACCAGUGUGGUAUUUUCUCCUUCAAAAAACCAUUUGAAAUGGAGGGAUCAAGGUGAAAUGUGUCUUUCUGGGUUACAUCUCUUGUGGCCCAGAAGCAGGAUGUGAGCAUUGUCUGUGCCGCCUCUGUUGGGCUGGGAUUUAUGAAUUCCCCAUUCACUGGAGAGUCCUGUUUGGAGGCGGAUUCUUUUCCAAAACCAACAGAUGCCAGUUGGGAAACCCACCAUGUCCUGCACAUCGCCCCAUCCCCACGUCCCAGCCUUGAGGUGGAUUGUGCCUUAGAGAUGCAAACUCACAUGUGCUCAUCCCAUGCCCAUCCCGCCCUGUUCCCAUCGCUCUGUCCCAUCAUCUGCUGCCCUUUGGGCUGGUCUUGUUUGCACACUGGUUUGCCUUUUACUACCAUAGAGUCAUAGGAUCGUUAAGUUUGGAAAAGACCACUAAGUCCAACCAUCAAGCCAUCCACCACCACGCCACCAAACCACGUCCCUACUAUGCCAUGAGGCAAACUGUGCCGUGCAUGGGAAGCCUUCUCUCCCUUUGCAAGGAGGGAAGUUGAGAAAUGUAGCUCACCGCUCCUCACAUGCUGGAGCUGAAUAUGGCUCUCUGUGCUGCAGGAAGGACUACGGGUCCUGCACCUGGCUUCAGCGAUAAGGGCUUGGGAAAGGGGUCUGCAGCAGUGCUUCAGCUCCAUGGGCUCGCGGCGCUUUCCUCUCCCCAUCCCACAACAGGCAAGCCAUGUCCAGGCGUUAUAGCCCAGUCUAAAUGCCAGAAGCACAGGCAGGAUUUGUCCUCAGCCUUCAUCCCCAUCUCAUUGUUGCAAAGAGCGUCCCAAAUAGGGCUGUCCCCAAAACGGAGGACAUGCUGGGACGUGCCUUUGGGCACCGUCCACGACGAAGUGACACAUUGCCAUCCCAUCACCGGUCCCUUUGCACCAACGGGGAUGGUUUUGCCCCCCGCGUUUUGCCCCACAGCAUCCAGGGGGGUGGGCAGGGCAACGGGGAGGGGGCAGAGAGAUUUUGUGUGCGCACUACUUAUUUAUUUUUUUAAAGAAAUGCUUUUAAGUGGUUUUAGGUUCUUUUGAAUAAAUAAUAACUCUAUUAAAAGGUGCACAUCUUGCUGCUGUAGGAUUCUCAGAGGGUUAAUUUCUUUAUAAAUAUAUAUAUCUCACGGUAAAUAUUUGUACAAAAAAAAAAAAGGAAAAAAAAAGAGAAAUAGAGAUGUCUUUAAGUAAAUUAUUGCUUUUCAAGGAAC